AUGUCGGCAGCGACGAGCGCAAUGGCGUCCAUCCACCAGGACAUCACAAACUACCUCUCUGCCACGCCGGCGGCCGCAGUAAAGUACGGCGACGUGCAGGUGCACCUGGGGUGGAAGAUCGCGAAGGCGGCGGACCUGGGCGCGUCGAUGGGCGAGAUCAAGAAGUUUGUCAAGUGGAAGGUGGAUGCACAUAACCGGCAGGUUGCGCGGGACUCUGGCGCGGCGGUGGUGCUGGCGGCGGGGGAUUCGGCGCUGUCAUCGUCGGAGUGGGAGAGUGGUGGGGAGGUUGGGGGGAGUAGGAGGAGAUUUGAGGGCGCGGCGAUCAGUAGAAGGAAGAGGAAUGUGGGUGAGAAUAUCGCGAGCGGGUUUGGGGGCGGGUAUGUGUUGGGCGUGGAGAAUCGGAGAUGGGCGGUUUGGGGUCUGGCGGUGGCGGUGGUGGUGUAUUUCUUUGCCGGGGCGGUGGUGGAGAGCGUCGGUGAUGCUAUCGACGAUGUGGUGGAUUACGUCGAAGACAUCGACGCCGACACCUUCCUUGACCCUCUCCGCGCGGUAGCCAGCUUCUUCGCCGCCAUCAUCCAUGCCAUCAUCGCAGGCCCAAAAGCAAUCCUCGCGGCCGUAACACUGCUCACCCGCAUCGACACAACCCAGUUCCUGACGGCCUUGCUCUUCCCCAUGACGAGCAUCGGGCCCGUCUCGCACCAGUUCUACUACGUCCUGCUCUCCGCGUACGCACUCCUCUUUGCCCGCUACCUGCGGCACGAGGACCUUAUGCUGCACGAGCACCUUGCCGACAGCCCGCUGUUCUCGCAGCUGUUUAGGCCCGGCUUUGUGGCGUACAUGGUUGUGCACCUCCUCACCGCGUCUCUGAGCCCCGUGUUAGGGCCAGACGCACUGUUGCUACAUGCCGGCGAGGGGUUGCGGGCGUGGGGGGAGGAGGGGCUCCGCGCGAAGUUGGGGCUGGCAGGAGGGCAGUGGGGGUGUGGGGUAGUGGAAGUGUGCCCGAUGUGGUAUUUUGGUGGUGAAGCUGCCGGGACGGUGGGGGAUUUGGCGGGGGAUGAUGUCGGUGCUGCGGUUACGAUGGUUAUGAGGGUGUUGUUGCUGGGCGUGUUGGUGGCUGGCGGGCUGGACCGGUGGUGGGCGAGGAGGGAGAUUAAGGGUGUGAGGGUUUAA